AUGGCGACCCAUCGCGAGGACGGCUUCUCACACGACGAUGUAGAUGUAACUACCACGCCGAGUGCCUCCAGUAGUGGCCGUCGCUCUCGAACCCGGCCGUCUCUUCACGGCAAGGAUGCGGUCUCAUUCAUGGCCUUGCUGGCCGAUAUCCUGCGAUUACAAGAACAAACCCUGGCGAUGGCCUACCUUUAUCUCCACAAAUACCGCAAAUUCAUUCGUGAUUCGAAAAACCGUCCUGACCCCGUCCCGGACUUCCUAGAUCCUCAUACCCUAGCUCUGACCACCCUCUCACUCUCAACCAAGUCCACCGAAUCCCCCCGUCGUCUCCGCGCCCUGAUUACCCCAGCUUACUCAAUUCUCCACCCAAACCUGCCACCAAUCGAAGUCCCCUCUCACAAAUACGAUACCAUCAGGGCUACAAUAGUCACAGCGGAGCUACACCUCCUUCGAAUCCUAAAAUUUGAACUCCGUCAUUCAAUUCCACACGAUUACAUCCCAAGAAUUCUAGAUAAAUCCCUUUCCGUCGUCCCCGGCGAGGAUUAUGACCAUCAAGAUGAUGAUAGGAAAGAGGAAGAUGGGAUUAUGAAGUCUCAAGACACCUUCUUGGGACGACAGUGUAUGGGUCUUGCGACCAGAUGUUUGGCAGAGUAUUCUGUUGCUACGUUUUAUGAUGCUAGAACGAUUGCGUGUGGCGUUGUGGCGGUGGUGUUGGAUGGUUCUGGGAUUCUGAGGGCAGAGAGUGUAGAUGGAUGGGUUAGAAGAGUUGGUGGUGGGAAUGUGGAGAUAGAGGAUUAUAGGGAUGUUAUCAAAGAAGUCACCAUCGUUUUCGAAGGUGACGUAGGUGUAACUGUGCAGGAGAUCCCAAUUCAGGACGCCGAGAAGCCCGGUAUACAGCCGCUCGUGGAUUGA